AUGCAAGAUAUUGACCAGCCCUCUGCCCCAGUCUUGAUUGCUCGAGCCAGUGCCACUCUGUGGCAGGAGCCAACCGGCCUGGAGGCACACCAGUCAGACAAGGAGCUCUGCCCCGUCGGCAACCACGCUAUCAAAGAGAUCUGGGAAGACACCCUUGCUUUCAAAAUCCACGACGUUCUGGAAUCGAUGAAAGUGCAAUGGACCAGCAUCAAUGUUGUCCGCAUCGGGAACGCCGGAGAUUAUUUUGCACCCGUCGUCCUCUCGAUUAGUGUAACAUCCGCAUCUCUCUCUGGCCAUGACAGCCUUGUUGUAGCUUCGAAGUGUCGGAACGUUCUUGUGGAACACAGUAUCACUGACGUCGACGUCGAAAUCCGGGAGGCGGAAGUUUGGGGCACAGCGUCAUCCCUAAACCGUUCACGUUCACCUACUCGUCCAGCCCUGCUGUAG